AUGGAUGGCCCGGCUCUCUAUCGCGCAGGAAAGCGAGUUUUCCAAGUCUUUGAAAGUUUGUUGAAUUUACACAGCGGCACACUUCAAACGCACUUUACCAAAGAGGAACAAAGGUUUCGAUUAUGCGCGCAUAGCUUAGGCCUUCAUCAUCAAGGCCAUAGCUCUCUCGACUAUCGGGUCCGCGAUGCCGUCCUGGUCAAGUCCCAGCUACUACGUCUGCUAAGUGCUUUGCUUGAUCACCUUGAGAACACCCUGGCUGUUCUGAAAGGCGACCGCCUUCCGUUUGAACAACAAGCACGGGAUUUGGAGACUCAGAGUUCAUCCGAUAACGACAGUAGCAGGUCGUCGAAUCAGAGUGCCAUUGGCUCUGUUAGCAGCGAGGAAUCUACUCAUGAACUGGACUUUCGUCAAAAUGGAAUUACAGAGACCAUCAACGCGUUGUACGGUCUGGCAGCGCGAAUCAGAAGCCCUCGAAACCGACCUGAAAGAGCUACACAAGAGCUCUUUCGGCACAUCGCAGCACAUGAAAGGGAGCAGUAUAUCAAUGAAAGAGCCGAAGUCGAAAUCGUGAUUCUUCUUCAUCGACAUAAGCAAUACCUAGUGCAAACUUUUCAAUCGUCACAAAACUCUACAAUCCACAAUGACAUCUUGGACAAAUACGCCUCGGCGUCCAAUCACCUCCUACGGAGGAUUGGCAUGGCCAACGUUCGACGAAGACAACAGUUCAUCUACUGGAAGGAACACACUGCCAGGAUAAGCCGGGACCCAACGCAGACCGUGAGACCAACUGGCUCAAAUAAGCCAGCCACCUCUGAAGCUCUUUUCCGGACGGGAAAUACACCAAAUGCCACUGUUCAUCUUGCUACCCCCUCGGCUAUUUCAAGACACGAACAUUCAGAGGCAACUUCCGCUACAAGGUUGGACGAGAGCAAGUUCAGAUUUGACGACAACGAGUCUGUCUUCUCAUACCAGAGUCACGCAUCCACCGCUGUAAUUCCGGCUACCAAAAACCAGUUAGUGCUUCAGUGGCCACCUGCGCCUAAAGAUCUCUUGAGUAGCGACUAUUUCACCUGUCCCUAUUGUCAUGUACUGUGUCCUGGAAGGUAUCUCGGGGAAAAGGCAUGGAAGGCACAUCUUAUCCACGAUCUCCAACCGUACCAAUGCACCCACGAAGUGUGUCAAGAUUCUCAUCGUCUCUACGGCUCAUACCGAGAAUGGAUAGACCAUGAGAACAUUCAUACAAAAUCAUGGCAUUGCGAUAAUCAUGAGGCACCAACAGAGUUUGAGAAGCAAGAGGAGUUUAUUUCUCAUAUUGAACAAUUUCACCCUGACGCAAAACCAGAGCUCUUCUCACCAGAGCUAAUGGCCGCUGCAUUCAGAACAUCCACCAAACCAUUGCGGCCAUGUCCCCUUUGUCCCACUGGCUUCGAGGACAACAAAAUCAUGCACGAGCACAUCAAAGGCCAUUUAGAACGCCUUGCUCAUUAUUGCCUACCCGCGGAUCCCUUUAAUAAGAACCAACAUGAUGGUUUACGGGAAACCGCGGAUAGCGAUAGCCAAGCCGUACGGAAUGACGAAAAUUCGCAAGUUUUCUCGGAAACAUCGUUGCAAUGGCCUGAUGACACAAAUGUCCAGGGAUCGCCAAGUCCAGAGGAGUAUACGGCCACACACAAAUUUGAAGAUAUCCGUCUACAAUUUCAGCUAGUUCAACUAGGACGCGAGUCAGCCGAGGCCUGGCUUAAGGCAGUUACAUCUGAUGCAUCAGGAGCACCUGAAAGCUCUUUCUCGCAAACGCUUCCGUUGCGUUUCAGCGAGUACUCUCAGCUUCCCGAGUAUGUCGAAAAUCUUAGCUGGCACGAGCCCAGUUUUCAGACAUCGACAUUUCGAAACAGCCCUUUCAACGUGGCUCACUAUUAUAGCCCCAACUUUCAGCCAGAGGAAUAUCGCCCUGAAGGUGACGACACCCGGAAUCGAACAACAGCAACCCAGGUGGACCAUUUGGAAAUAGAGAAAAUACCAGACAUUGUCACGGAUGCAGAGGAAACGCAGCGACUAGACAGUCUACUGUUGAAGGCUGUAGUUGCCGGUGACACGGAUCUUACUAAACUAUUGCUGAACAAGGGCGCAAAUGUCAGUUUUAAAGACAAUUCCGUUGGCAGUCCACUUCAUACUGCCAUAAGCCUAGGACACCUUGAAGUUGUUCGGCUGCUGCUGGCACGCGGCGCAGAUCCCGAUGAUGAUGAUUGGGACAGGCCUGGUUCUGACAUUCUGGGGGUCGCAUCAGCAAAAGGCGACCAAGAGAUUGUGCAGUUACUGUUGCAACACGGUGCCGAAGCAGACGGUGCGAGUUACACGUAUAGAUCUGCCCUCCAAGCUGCUGCAUCUAAAGGCCACCACGAAGUGGUAAGUCUGCUGCUACGCAACGGUCACGAUCCCCAGUACUUCAGAUUUUUGCCACCCCACACAGCCCUUCGCGCGGCUGUUGAGGGGGGCCACAAGGAAACGGUCGAGGUGCUGCUGGCAUCUGGCGCCGCCAUCAACAACACGAUGUUGGACGGCGCACUCGGUACCGUCCUUGAGGUUGCCUCGCACUACGGUCACCGAGAAAUUGUGCAACUGCUACUAGACCAUGGCGCAGAUAUCGAUGCAAAGAGCAUAAGACAUGGGGGCGCUUUCCGAGCUGCGGUCAUUCGAGGUCACCAGGAAAUAGUACAGCUGUUACUACACCGGGAGGCGGCCAUCGAUUUCAAAAGUGACGAAUUUGCCAACAUUAUCCGCGCUGCAUCAGCACUGGGCCAUCAAGCAGUUGUUCAGCUAUUGCUGGAUAAACGUGAAGAAGUGACAGGAGAAAUGGCCGAGGAAAGUCUCAUUGGUGCCACUGGAAUGGGCAAAUUACUUGCAUGGCGCUCUCCAUUAUCUGGAGUUGAAUCCAGGGAAUGGCACUCAAAUGAAGAGCAUAUCCUGCAUCAAGACAAAGACUCAUUAACCGCUGAAAACCAGCAACCUUACAAGUGCCACACGUGUGGAAAGGGGUUUGGAAGAGAAAAUCAUCUUGCGAAGCACACCAGAAUUCACGAAAAAACUUGCAAAUGUCCUGUUGAAGGCUGUGCUGCGAGCACAGCCGAAAUAAAAGACCUGUAUCGACACAUCUGGACUCACCAUCUCGAUUAUGCUCGAGAGAACAAUAUUCCAGGUAUGGCAGCGGCAGCUUCGCAGCCUGACAUCGCCAACCAGUCCAAACCCUCGAAACCCAACAACACUGAUCCAUCAAGUGAGGACAUACAACCUCACAAGUGCCCUGUUGAAGGUUGCACGACCAGUAAGUCGGAAGAAAAGGACAUCAGCCGACAUAUAUGGACCUAUCACCCAGAUUAUGCUCAAGAAAACAACAUUUCUGAUACGGAUCGUGUGGAGUGCGGUUGGCCGGGCUGCUGGUGGCGUGGAAGAAGGGACAACCUGAAGAGGCACAAGGACACCAUGAAACACUGGGAAGCGUCAGACAAUGAGCUCGUCUCUGAGGAGAAGCCAUCAGGGGUACAGGCAUGCGACUGGCCGGGUUGUCAGUAUACCUAUGCAGGGAAGAAGAAGAGCAACCUGAAGAGACAUAAAGACCGGCACCAACACUGGAUUCGCCCAUCGGACGCCAGUCCUGGCGAGGAGAACUCGCUAGAGAGCUCGCCGACUACUGUUACCAACUCCCAACCGUUGCAAAAGCAGUCGUUGGAACAACAUACUCAGGAUAGGGCUCCCAGUACCGACAGCACGACUCAUGUUAUUAACGAUAAGACAAGUCAACCCCAAGGCAUCUCACCAGGCGAUAGUUCGGCGGACCAAUGGGACGGCUCACCUGAAAACACUCCAGAAGAAAAAAAUCUCUCGAAAGAGCGAGACAGUGGCCUAGAUCAGCUUAUCACCGAACUCGACCCCGAGCUCUUGUCAGAGGCAUCGCGUGAGAAGCUUCAUUCACCUUCCGAACAACGUCUGCUAGUGUGGCAGCUCGAGGACGACGUGAAAAGACUUCAGAAUGACCUAGGCGAAGAGCACCCGGAGGCGCUCGAAAAGAUGUCCAAGCUCGCGCUGUCGUGUGCGGAGAAUCAGGAUUUUGAAACAGCGGCAACUUGGCAGGAGAAGGUUUAUAAAAGUUACGAAGUGUUAUAUGGCAAUGAACAUCCUGAUACAGUAAGCUCCAUGGCCGAUCUCGCGGAAACCUACACCCAUCUGGCUCGCUUAGAGGAGUCUGAGGUGUUACGAAAGAAGGUGCUGGAAAUAAUGACUCGGACGCUUGGAGAGGACCAUCCUGACACAACAGCAUCGAUGGUCGAGCUUGCAUCUACCCACGAACUUCAAGGACGCAUGGACAUGUCUGAGUCGUUGCAACUGGGGGCACUGGAAAUACGGAAACGGACUCUUGGAGAGGGUCACCCUUGGACUUUGGCGUCCAUGGCCGAGCUUGGGGCAAGCUAUUAUAAGCAGGGUCGCUUCAAGGAGGCCGAGCAGAUGCAUCAGCAGACGCUACAGCUACGUGAGAAGGUGUUGGGUAAGGAGCAUCCCAACACACUUACCAGCAUGAACAACCUUGCGCGUGUGCUCGAUAGCCAGGGGAAGUACGAGGCGGCCGAGCAGAUAUAUCGGCAGACGCUACAGCUACAUGAAAAGGUGUUGGGUAAGGAGCAUCCCAGCACACUUACCAGCAUGAACAACCUUGCGAGUGUGCUCGAUAGCCAGGGGAAGUACGAGGCGGCCGAGCAGAUGCAUUGGCAGGAGCUACAGCUAUGUGAGAAGGUGUUGGGUAAGGAGCAUCCCAGCACACUUACCAGCAUGAACAACCUUGCGAGUGUGCUCAAUAGCCAGGGGAAGUACGACGAGGCCGAGCAGAUAUAUCGGCAGACGCUACAGCUACGUGAGAAGGUGUUGGGUAAGGAGCAUCCCAGCACACUUACCAGCAUGAACAACCUUGCGAGUGUGCUCAAUAGCCAGGGGAAGUACGACGAGGCCGAGCAGAUACAUCGGCAGACGCUACAGCUACGUGAGAAGGUGUUGGGUAAGGAGCAUCCCAGCACACUUACCAGCAUGAACAACCUUGCGCGUGUGCUCGAUAGCCAGGGGAAGUACGACGAGGCUGAGCAGAUAUAUCGGCAGACGCUACAGCUACAUGAAAAGGUGUUGGGUAAGGAGCAUCCCAGCACACUUACCAGCAUGAACAACCUUGCGAGUGUGCUCGAUAGCCAGGGGAAGUACGAGGCGGCCGAGCAGAUAUAUCGGCAGACGCUACAGCUACGUGAGAAGGUAUUGGGUAAGGAGCAUCCCAACACACUUACCAGCAUGAACAACCUUGCGAGUGUGCUCAAUAGCCAGGGGAAGUACGAGGCGGCCGAGCAGAUAUAUCGGCAGACGCUACAGCUACGUGAGAAGGUGUUGGGUAAGGAGCAUCCCAGCACACUUACCAGCAUGAACAACCUUGCGCUUGUGCUCGAUAGCCAGGGGAAGUACGAGGAGGCCGAGCAGAUGCAUCGGCAGACGCUACAGCUAUGUGAGAAGGUGUUGGGUAAGGAGCAUCCCGACACACUUACCAGCAUGAACAACCUUGCGCUUGUGCUCGAUAGCCAGGGGAAGUACGAGGAGGCCGAGCAGAUACAUCGACAGACGCUACAGCUAUAUGAGAAGGUGUUGGGGAAAGAACAUCCAGACACAUUGACUUACAAGGAGGAACUGACGCAGACCUGGGAUCUGCGAGAAGUUGCGGAAAGCUAG